AUGGCCGAUUCUGGCCCCAGGCGCCAGCCACCAAGCCCCCUUGUGUUUUCUCCAGAGACUGUUCUCUCCCCUCCCCGUGCUACCCAUGCGUCUAGCUCCAACAACACUGUGUCCAUGCCUUUUGUUCGGAGACAUGUUACUCGACGACUGAAAGCCUCGAAAGCGGAGUGCGACAAGGACCUGCAACGCAUCACGAACAAUAUUACGGUCUUCUUCGAAGAACGACUACGAGAUGCUGACUACGAGAUUGAAAGAGGGCGCGUGGGCAUUGACAACGUCGACAACGAGGCAUUGCGCGACCCAUUUAUGUUCCACCCUGCCGACCUUCGUUCCGCCCUCCAGACAGACGAGUCCAGUUCAGAUGGUGGAUACGAUGCAGAGCCUGAAUAUACUCGCCACAGCCGCACCAGUGCGUUAACUGACGAUCAACUUCGCACGCUUACCCAUUCCACCUCCUCCUCUGCUCUUAAUGCAGCCUCCAACUCGUCUUCUCUCAGUCCCGGUUCACUUCGUCGACAAAGCGCCGCCCCCUGGGACCGUGACCGCCCAGUGUCUUCCUCCGUAUCAUCCAGUGCUAUUUCUUCUAGCCCUGCUACAUCCACAAUUCUUCUUCCAGAAGCACCACCGUUAACUCGCAAAGCGGCUAAUGCAGCACCCACCGCUUGGUCAAACCAAGGGCUCCCCUCCCGCCGGCUCUCUAGAACAAUUCACAUUCCCCGGCCCUCCCUUUCUGGCCACAGCUCCCGCUCAACCUCGCGAUCACGCUCUCCACUCCCUCCCUUGUCAUCUCAUAGCAGUUUUUCCGACUACAAUACAGCUGCUCCACCAAACCCCCGUCGGAGCUCUCGCAUUCUCGUCGAUGAUCCUAUCGAUCCUAUCAUGACCGCGUUGUACGAACUCAUCGCUGUUGCCACCGAUGUGAUGGAGAUGUCUGUUCAGCAACUCACCGCUCAACCUAAAAUCUGUGAAUCCAUUGUCCAAAGGAUACAGAACAUUGGCAAAGCAUGGGAUGAUCACCCUGACUGGCAUGGUCGCAAUUGGUAUGUGCAAGUUCUGCUUGCCGUUGCCAGCCUCAGUCGAGUGGUUGAAUGGUGGGAGGCCGAAAAGCAAUUCUGGAACUUCGACGACAACGACGACGAACUUGAAGAGCCUCUGAUGUUUGUCACUAAACCGGCGGAGGAAUCAAUACCUGCACCAACUCCGACCGUGCGACGACCCGAUGGCGAGCCGGGUCCUCUACGUGUUUCCCCUGAGGAAGAAGCUAAAUUGAAACUAUCCCGACCACCCAGUCAUUCUCGUCGGCCAAGGGACGAACAUCACAAGGAGCCUUCUACUUCUCAGGAGCAGGAAACGAUUUCCCGCGCUGGGUCUAAAUUGCUACCCCCCAACGAGUCUGCUCGGAUUCUUGCUACCGAGAGAUUGCGACUUCAAGCAGAGACCGCUCAAAACCAGAAUAUUGUUAUAGAGCUCAGUCUCGACGGCGAUCACUUCAUAUGGAUCAAUUACGCAUGGAGAUUUGUCGUGAGGACUAACUCUGAAGACAUGGUCGGCACUCGCAUUUCUCGAUUGCUCGCUCCCAACGAUCGGGAUGUGUUCGCUCUCGCUACCAAAUGUCUAAGGGAUGACGACUCGCACACUGUCGAAGUUCGUUUCAAGCUUCAGGUCCAGUCAGAAGAUGACCGUGAGCUCUCGACUCCUGGUGUUCUCUAUCAGCAGAUGGAAGGCAAGGGAAUGCUAAUGGUCGACCGGGAAGACGGCGAGCCUUCCCACACUAUGUGGGUCAUCAAACCUAUCGGUCCACCUCGGUAUGAGCAUGAUUCGCCAUCGAUCAGGCUACCCGAGGAAGAAUCUGUGUCAACUGGAUUCUUCGAGGACUCGAGCCGUCUUGAAACAGCCGCGCCGUUUCCUUUCACUCAACCUAUUUGCAUCGAGCCCAUCAUGUGUCGCAUUUGCGAGUCACAAAUCCCGCAGUGGUACUUUGAGAAGCACAGCGAAACUUGUGCGGAGACCCAUCGACUCGAGGCUGAGAUCACAGAGUGCAACGAGUCGAUUGCUGAAUUACGUAACACAAUUCGGGAUCUAUGCGCCACUAUCGACCGCGACACUCACAGUGUUCCCGAGUAUCGAGGCAUGCCAAUAUUUUCGCCUUCCACGUCGCCGACUAUCGCUUCGCCAUUGCAACUUUUCCGUGCCAACAAAAUGCAAAAAGUCGGCGUUAAAAAGAUGCAACGGCAAUUGCUCGAUCAGCUCGAGGACAUUCUUCAAGUUGCUGCAGAAGUGUCAGUUCCCGCGCUCAAGGAGGAAGAGGCUAAAGAACCCAUUGAACGACAAAGGCUACUUUCUCCCAGUUCAGAGCGAAAGAUGACCCAAGUCCGCAAUUGGGCGAAACCUUCAACCGAAGACUCGGCUUUAGGUCAGCUUGUUCAAGACGCCGAAAGAGUCAUGCGGCAGAAGCUCGAUAAUGUCGCGCGAAUGCAAAACACCAUUCGCUAUGCGGAGAAAAUUUGGCACGAGUGGGAGGAGCGAGUAGCGCAGUAUCUGGCAGUUGGCGAUGAGUCAUCAGAAAGCGAGGGCGAGGGCGAACAAUUGAGCCAUCCCGGUGUUGUACCUGACGAGGAUGACGACCAUUCAAGCACAACAUCCGAAUACGAUUAUGCUGGUGGUAAUGGCUCUUCGGAUCCUACUCCGAUGGCCCUGUCUCCUUCACCUUCACCUGCCGCCCUUCCAGCUGAUGUCCGACAGAGCAGGUCGGUCUAUCCUGCCUCUGUGACCUACGUGCCUCCAUCGCGGCAAAUGAUGCAUACGAGGUCUUCAACACCGUCCUCGGUCUCUUCUCCUUUAGCUCUCGCGGCUCCAAUUGUCGCUCCAUCGUCUCCCGACGAUAUACCACCACCAAUGAGCUUGGACGAAGUACCAGCACCUCCGCAGCCUUUGGUCAUCAAAACGCGCAAGUCAUCAUCAAGUCUCCUGGAUCCGUCAAGCGGUACGACCCCUCCCUUAUCGCCCUUGAUCACGACCAAGGAUGGUCUGGCCAGAGAGUCCUCUACCAAACGUGGACAUCGCCGCCAUUCCACUGCUAAUAACUUCAAUAUUCCACCGACAUCUCCGCGUGCUCCUUCGACUGCCCCGAUCUCGCGUGCCACACCCACCUCGAUUAAGGAUUUCGACAUCAUAAAGCCUAUCAGCAAAGGCGCAUUUGGCUCCGUCUUUUUGGCCAAAAAGAAAGUCACUGGGGACUACUUUGCUAUCAAAGUGUUGAAAAAGGCGGACAUGAUUGCAAAGAAUCAAAUUACUAACGUCAAGGCUGAGCGGAUGAUCCUCAUGAAGCAAGCCGAGUCGCCAUUUGUCGCCAAACUUUAUUUCACUUUCCAGAGCAAAGACAACCUGUAUCUGGUGAUGGAAUACCUAAAUGGUGGUGACUGCGCGGCAUUGAUCAAGUCUCUGGGUUCAUUACCAGAAGAGUGGACGAAGAACUAUAUCGCUGAGGUAGUUCUUGGUCUCGAAUAUUUGCAUCAACGUGGGGUUGUGCAUCGUGACCUUAAGCCGGACAAUUUGCUGAUUGAUCAACACGGGCAUCUGAAACUGACUGACUUUGGAUUGAGCCGGAUUGGCUUAUUAGGUCGCCAAACUCGAGAAAGUCAACUUGGACGACCUGUCACAAGGCAUGGUUCUCGUUCUCGGCCUCCUUCAAUGGAUGCUGCAUAUUUGUCUUCGCCUCUCAUCCAUGCCGACUAUAACAACGGAGCACCUCAUAUGUAUACAGACGAUGUCAGCGAGUCGAGCGGUUCCGAAUCUCUUGCUGGUAUUCACCUUCGGAGAGCAGUCAAGUCAAACGAUAGUCCCUUACAAUCGUUCGCCACCGAACUUACCACUGAUUUGCGUUCGCAUUCCAAUUCUCAGUCAUCAUCUACUCCUCCUGGCGAGCAAAAGGUUGUCGGUACCCCCGAUUACCUUGCGCCAGAAACGAUUCUUGGUCUGCGUGGUGAUGACGCUGCUGUGGACUGGUGGGCUUUAGGUGUCAUCACAUACGAGUUCCUGUAUGGAAUACCGCCAUUCCACGCCGAAACACCAGAAAGGGUGUUUGAAAACAUCCUCUCAGGCCAUAUUGAAUGGCAUGAUGAAUGGGUGGACUUCUCACCAGAAGCUCGCGACUUCAUGGCCCGCCUGAUGACUUUGGACCCCACAACGCGAUUGGGUGCUCAUGGCGCUGAGGAAGUCAAAGCCCACCCCUUCUUCGAAGGAAUCGACUGGGAUCAGGUGACCACAACUGAGGCAGCUUUCAUCCCUCAAAUCAGCGACCCUGAAUCUACCGACUAUUUCGAUCCUCGCGGUGCGAUUCCCCAGCUCUUCCACGAUGACGAUCAAAUUGCUGUUGGCCAGUCGGCGCUCAAUAGUCCUACUGUCGACUCUUCAAUGCCUCCCCCGGCUGCACCGGUCCCAAUCCCAGCUAGUCGUGAAGCUUCAAAUGAUGUCGAAUUCGGUUCUUUCAGUUACAAGAACUAUCCGGUCUUGAAGCAGGCAAAUGACGACGUUAUCCGCAAAUUCAAAACUGACCAGAUGGCGCCUCUUACGCACGCAUUGUCCGAGCCUGCGGGACUGCAUAAUCGCAAACGGAGCGUUUCGCAUCGGUUCAAGAAGCCUCCAAGUGUGGUCACUGCCAUCGAACCCAACAGUUUGAACAAGGCGAUAGCGACCAAUCCUCCUUCACCAGCAACUUCGAGCUCGUCUAUCGCCUCGUCUCCGUCCCGAACAAGUUUACCGCCCUCUACUCCAGGAAGCGGGGGUGGUCACUCACGCAAACCCUCCGAAUUUGGUGCUGUGGAACGAUUCAGACAGAGCCAUCUCGAUAGCGGGCUUGACCGACGAAAUUCGAUGCCUAGUCGGUUGAGGACUGCGUCAGUUUCGAGUGCGGGUGAUGGGUCAGGCUCGGAAACUUGGAACUCGUCGUCGGGCCAUCACGAGACCCCGCCUUCGUCUGUUGUUUCGAUUGAUCUGCGCAAGGGACCUGAUCCAAAUGACCGUGCUGUAACGUGUCUACUGGCGGAAGACAACCCGAUUACAGCGAAAAUCAUUGAGACGUUGCUGAUUCGCCUUGGAUGUCGAUGUGUGGUCGUUGCCGAUGGUUCAGAGGCAAUCAGUGUGGCUAUGGGUGAUAUCAAAUUCGACUGCAUUUUGAUGGACUUGCACAUGCCAGUUCUCGAUGGGGAAGGUGCAGCACGUUACAUCAAGAGCACCAACAGCAAAAACACGCAUACGCCCAUUAUCGCGGUCAGCGCGUAUGAUGGGGCGGAUGUAAGCGGGGUCGAGAACCUGUUUGCUGCUUCUCUUUCCAAGCCUUUACAAAAGGCCGAUCUUCUCAGUAAGUCUGAGUUGUUUACGGUUCUUCUUCUUACGCGUGUUUGCAGAUGUUCUGCGACAGCUCGGCUUCAAAACCGCGACUGUUCAAGGAGCCCCAACCAAAGUGACGACAACGUCACAAUGACCCGCUCAUGA